AUGCUAAUAUUCCCAAAUUAUAUAAUUAAAGAUAUACUAAAACUAAUAAUUCUAAAUAAUGUAAAUGAACUAUCAAAUGAAAUAAACUUUAAUUUAGACUUUAAUAAUAAUAAUAAUAAUAAAAUCAUCAGCAACAAAAAUAAUAAUAUUAAUAAAAAUAUAGAAGAAAUAAUAAACUAUUUCCUUGUAUCAAAACAAUGGAAUUCAACUAUAUCACAAAUUAUAAAUAAUUUAAAUUUUAUUAAUUAUGAAAUUUUAAAAUAUUUUAUUAAUUAUAAUUUUAUAAACAAUACAAUCAACUAUAAUAUUAACAACAAUAAUAAAAACAGUAAAAAUAGUAACAACUUUGUAAAUAAUAACUUUUUAAUAAAACUAAAUGAAAAUGAUUUAAAUAAAAUAAAAGAACUAAAUUACAUAACUGCAUAUGAAAACAAUUGCAAUUUAUCAAUAGUUCAAAUAGAACCUACAGAAAAUCUAAAAUACGAUUAUAGUAAAAAAGAAACACAGCAAAAUAAUAAAUCAGAAGAGAGAGAAAAAGAAAAUACUAUAUGCUUUAAACUAAAUAGAAUAGAUAUCAAUCAAGAAUCAUUUUACCAUUUAAACUAUUCAGAGAUAUUUCAAAACAAAGUAGAUACGAAUUCGAUUUUAGAAGAAUUAGAUUCAAAACUAUCCACUUUAAAUUUUAAUAACAAAUCCAUAUCAAAAAAAGGAAAUGUAAAAAACAAAAAUAAUAAAUCCAAAAUACUAAAAUUUCAAAUAGUUAAUAAUAAAUAA